AUGAGCAGCUCUGAAAACGAAGAUUGGGAGUGCCCUCUGUGCAUGGAGGAGCUCGACAUUGACGAUCGGGGGUUCUUCCCCUGCGAAUGUGGUUACCAGAUUUGCCGAUUCUGCCACAACCGUCUCUCGCAAGACUACGGCGGACGGUGUCCCGCAUGCCGAAGACUCUAUUCGGAGCAAACGCCUCGGUGGAAGCCGAUUUCUGCGGCCCAAAUGGCAAAGAUUCGCAACGAAAAGAAGGCCAAGGAGCGUGAGCGGCGCGAAAUCGAAGGCAACAACCGAAGGCACCUGGCGAAUGUGCGUGUGGUGCAGAAGAACCUCGUCUAUGUCAUUGGCCUGCCAAUAAACCUGGCCACGGAGGAGAUUCUGAAGGGACACGACUACUUUGGGCAGUUUGGCCGUAUCAACAAGAUUGUCAUCAACCGGCGACAAGCGGGCAGCAAUGCCCACCAUCCGACGGUGGGUGUAUAUGUCACAUACGCAACCAAGGACGAUGCAGCGCGGGCGAUUAACGCGGUGGAUGGCAGCAUGCUUGAAAACCGUGUGCUGCGCGCAACGUUUGGUACGACAAAGUACUGCUCGUACUAUCUGCGCAACAUCCCUUGCCAGAACCCGGGAUGCAUGUACCUUCACGAGCCGGGAGAGGAGGCGGACAGCUUCACCAAGGAGGACCUCGCUGCCAAGUAA